UUUUCGAUUUAAUUUUUCGAUAGAGAUAAUUUGACAUUUUCGCAAAUUUAUUAGAUUUAAAAAAAAGAAAGAAAAAAGAAAAAGAAAAGAACGAUAACGAUAUUACAUAUGUAUAUAUUAUAAUUUAUAUCGUGGUUUUUGUAAGCCGUUUUCUAUAAGAUUACUUCUCGUAAAGUUGAUUAUUUCCUCGGUAGAAAUUCGUCGACUCGUUUGCUAAACUAAUAACGCUUGACUUUCAUUAGAUAUUUUAUGAUGGAUCGUCCUGAAAGAUCCUUUGUCAGGUUCACUCGGAAUUCAUGGCCGGCUCAUUACCUUCCAAAAGUACACGAUAUUAACCGUUAUUGUGUGUAGGAAUGGCACGUUACGUUAACGCGUAACAUUAGCGUAACGAACAUGAACGUGUGCGCGCGCGCACACAAAUGCUCCAACUUGAAAAACAUACGAGAAAGUCGUCGGGGAAUGGCGCUCUUUCUUCUUGCUUUCUCUUUACACACGUUACAUAAUAAGGAGUGGCACGGUGUGUUACCAGAGACCUAUAAUUUUGUCGCGAUACAUUUAUCCUUUGACCGUGUCAUCCGAUUAGAAGGAUAACGAUCGACCUCGAUCGACUUUACAACAGGUGUUUCGAUCAUUGGGAUUUUAUAUAAUGAAAGGACUCAAUGUAUUUUUCAUAUGAAUAAUGAUUAAAUAAUUAAUCAUCAUUGUCACUGUUAGAUCUAUUAAAUAUUUGAUAAACAAUAAUAACCUCGUUUUAACAUAACAUAACAGUUGUGAACGCUUAAGGUGAUAAAAUGCAAGGACAACGUCUUCGCGAAUAAUAAAAUGUAAAAGUGAACGUUUUUACAUUAUUGCAAUAUGGAAUUACAUUAGAAUUAUUUAAAGCUAGAUAAUUCAAAAGGCACGUUCUCUUAUGUAGCGUCUACUAAAGUGAAUUUAUAUAUAAAUUGCACCGUGGCAUGUAAGGAAAGAAAGAAGAAAAGAAACGCAAAAGAGAAGAAAAAAGAAGAAAGAAGAUAAAAAAAGAAAAGAAACAAGAAAGGGAACAUAAAAAGAGGAAUACGAAAUGUUAUUAUUUCUUCCUGAAUUUCUACAUCGAGAUGUUACGUUGUAAUAGAAAUGAAGUUGUUACUUGAUCGUUAGAAAAUCAGGAUGGUAAAUUAACCUGAACGAGUACGUUCCAAGUUAAUUUGAGAUAUAUACUUAACUUUUCGUAAGAUUCAUUCAUAAUCGAACGUUCUCUUUCGUUCUUUCACCAUUUCAAUGACCAAUCCUAUGGUCACAAUAAUCGUGAAUGAAUGACGAAACGCUAUCUAUAAGAGAUUAAUACCGCUAACUGAAGUGAUCGUUAAAUUCAACACACAACUGAGAACGGACGACGAAUUAUUAAUGCGAUGCAACGUUCUUCCGUUUCAGGAGGUACGAACGUUAUUCCUCUUGCUGACCAUUGCCGUCCUUGGUACAAUUCAGGAUGGCCUAGCCGAGAAAAAGAUCGUUUGUUAUUACACAAAUUGGUCGAUAUAUCGACCGGGAACGGCCAAGUUCUCGCCACAAAAUAUCAAUCCAUAUUUGUGUACCCAUUUGAUUUACGCUUUUGGUGGCUUCACCAAGGACAACGCGUUGAAACCUUUCGAUAAGUAUCAGGACAUCGAGAAAGGUGGUUAUGCUAAGUUCACAGGAUUGAAGACAUAUAAUAAAAAUUUAAAAACCAUGUUAGCGAUCGGUGGUUGGAACGAAGGUUCCAGUAGAUUUUCACCGAUGCUUGCCGAUCCUGCCAGAAGGAAAGAGUUAGUUAAAAAUUCGAUAAAGUUUCUUAGGCAAAAUCAUUUCGACGGCCUUGAUCUCGAUUGGGAGUAUCCAGCUUUUAGGGACGGUGGAAAGCCUCAUGAUAAAAAUAAUUAUGCGAAUUUUGUACAAGAACUUUACGAGGAGUUCGAAAGAGAAUCGAAAAAAACCGGAAGAGCACGACUACUUCUAUCAAUGGCCAUGCCUGCUGGCAUCGAGUACAUUGACAAGGGAUACGACGUGCCUCGUUUGAACGAGUAUCUUGAUUUCAUAAAUCUUUUAUCUUACGAUUAUCAUUCAGCUUACGAACCUGCGGUGAAUCAUCAUGCUCCUCUUUAUCCUUUAGAAGAGGACAAUGAGUACAAUUAUGACAGUGAAUUAACGAUUAACUACACAAUCAAUCAUUUAAUGAAAAGUGGAGCAUCAUCGGAAAAGAUCAUAUUAGGAAUUCCAACGUAUGGUCGUUCCUAUACACUUUUUAACGAAGAUGCAACAGAUUUGGGAUCACCAGCUGAUGGUCCAGGUAUCGAAGGUGAUGAUACACGUGAAAAAGGAUAUCUUUCUUAUUAUGAAAUUUGUGAAGGUAUCACGAAUUCGGAUGAUUGGGAAGUAAUACAACCAAAUCCUAAAGCAAUGGGACCAUAUGCUUUUAAGGGUAAUCAAUGGGUAGGCUAUGACGAUGUUGACAUCGUUCGAUUAAAGGCUCGUUUUAUAAACGAAAAGAAUCUUGGUGGUAUAAUGUUCUGGUCGAUUGACAACGAUGAUUUCCGUGGGAAGUGUCAUAAUCGACCUUAUCCUUUAAUCGAGGCUGGUAAGGAGACACUCCUUAUCGAAGAUACAAGAAACGUAGCUCAAAAGCCAAAGUCAUCGGACUCGCGCAAAAAAUUGCGUGGUCAAGGUACACCCAAUAAUUCUAUACGUCGAAAAGUGAAUUCGAACGUUAGAAGAAGUACAACUUCAGCGCCUGUGACAAGAAAACAAGUGACCACCUCUAGGACAAAGUAUCGUACAAUCGCACGAACGAGAUUCAGUGAGGAGGAAGAAGAUCGAGAAGUCGAAAGACGAUCUUACGAUCCAUCUUCUAUCGAAGAGAAAAACGAGAGUGGUAAUGCUGUGAGAAGUUCUGAUAAAAAUAAAAGAAAAAGAUCACGGAAUAGAAGCAAUAAUCGAAAUCGAUCGUCCACUGGUAGACGUAGGAAACCAAUAAGAAACGAUGAAAACGAUGAAAACGAUAGAGAUUCGACGACGGUCGGAGAAUCUCUAAGCAAUAAAUUGACCACACCCGAACCACCAACUACUCCUGAUCCUGGAACUGAUUUUAAAUGCGAAGACGAAGGAUUCUACCCACAUCCACGUGAAUGCAAAAAGUAUUUCUGGUGUCUCGAUAGUGGUCCUGGAGGUUUAGGAUUAGUCGUUUAUCAAUUCACUUGUCCAGCAGGUCUGGUAUUCAACAAAGCUGCCGAUUCCUGUGACUAUCCACGUAAUGUGGUUUGUCCUAAAGCUAAAACACCGCAAACGACAACAAGAGCACCGAUUACAGCAGCCACCAGUCGUACUACUUAUUUGCAUAGUACAACGCAACGUACAACAACGGCUAAAUCCGAUUCCGAAGAGGAGGAAGAAUAUUACGAGGAUGAAGAAGAAUUGGAGGAUUUAGAUGAUGAAGAGGAAGAGGAAGAGGAAGAGGAAGAAAAAGUAGAAUUCAAAAUUACUUCGACCAUGAAGCCAUUACAAUAUAAAACCAUUAAUAGAAAUAAACCUAGUACAGCAAGUAAGACCACAAGUACAACGUCAAAGCCAGAGAAAGAAGAAGAGUAUAAGAACAAUGAUCCUACAGAUGAAGAAGAUCCUAGAGUAAUCAAGGAAUUAAUUAAUCUUAUUAGGAAAGCAGGUGGUAUCGAAGAACUUGAGAAACAAUUACACCUUCAAGAAAAGGGUUCAAGUGCCACCUCGAAUAACGAUCCUGUUACCCCAGCUACGAUCAGUCGUACUUUAUACGAACGUGUUUUAAACCGACAGGCUAGCAAAAUAAUUAACAGCAAUGUAUCGGGAUCUUCUGAGAAAAAUAAUUACAAAAAUGGGCCUGGAAGGGCCCAGUUUGAAGGUUUGGAUGAAAUUCCCGAGGUGAAGAGUCUCAGGCGGAUUCAAAAACCACAAUACGUUACGAUCGAAAGACCAAAAGCAUCGACGAAUGCACCACAAUUAGAGGAUGAAGAAACUGAUGAUGAUGACGAAUUGGAGGAUUAUAAUGUAAAUGUAGCUUCCUCUGAAGAUGAAACUAUCAGCAAUCCAUCAGAAAUUAGUACCUCAACACAAAGAGUAACGCCAAAUUAUGUAAAUAUUCGACGCAAUCGAUUUUCUACAACUACAUCCAAAAAUGAAAAUGACGUGGAAGAGAAAACUGAUGAUGCGGAAGAGGAAACUCCAAUUCGCCGACGACGUCCUAACGGAUCAACCAAAAAUCAAGAUAAGGAAUCUGAACAUGUUUCAAAACCAUUCCGCACUCGUACGAGGUACAGGAACACGGAAAGUAACAAAAGCACUGAAGAAUCAUCAGUAGAAACGGACUCAGAGGAGAAGCCAAUUCAAGGAACUCGACAAACGGAUCAUGAAAUUAACACGGCAACGACGAAAUCUAGGUAUAUCAACAUACAACGUUUCCGAAGCACAACUCAGAAAAUUUCUGUCAGUGACAGCGAUAUUUCUGAAGUCGAUGAAAUAACGACAGAGACAUCCACUAUUAAAAAUAAAAUCGAUAGAGAGGAAGAAGUUACGAUGACUUCUACGACUCCUCCAACAUUUUCCACGAUAUCAUCAACAACGCCAUCAACCUCGAUACAGUCUACCUUGUCCUCCGUAUCCGUGACACCCAUUUAUUUAUCAUCAUCAACGAGUAGGAGUACAAGUAAUGAAGCUACUACCGUUAAAUUAGAUCGUGUCGAAGACACAUCGAUAGCAAACGUUCUUAAUGACAACAAUAAUUUGUUGUCGUCAACGACUACGGAUUCUCCUGUGAAACUCGUCGAAGAAUCAGCUACGGAAAUCCUUUUCACGACAGCACCAGCGAGUCCAAGUCCAGCCAGCACAUCAUUAUUGACUACAACCAGGAUAGUAGCUACGGUUUCGCAGCCACGACCAUUUGGAUUUACUCGGAGAAGAUCCGGUAGUCUGACACCUGACGUAACAACGACGCCAUUAGCGCCAUCGAGCGAUCAUUCUAGGUCCAAGGUGAGUAUAACAUCGCGAAAUUCAACGCGAUCGAGCUCGUUUCUGGUAGGAAGAGGUCGAUUAAGAUCAAGAACGGAUACGACCACUCGUCUUUCCGUAAAUAAACGGAUUACCGAGCAAGACCAACUCGAAAAUCCACCGACGUCCGAGGAAACGUUCAUCAAACCGAGAGAAACUACGGUCAAUAAGUCAAGACCUAGUAAUAAACGUAGAGGAAUCAAUAGAUACAUUUCAUCUACGAAUAGUCCUAUAAACGAAGACAUAUCUAAGAACACUAUAUCCCGAAGACGAAGUCGUACGACAGAGUCCCCAAGUACUACCAUCAAAACCAUCACUGAGAGUUCUGGCCCAAGGAGAAGGUAUCGCCGACCUUCCAUACAAUCAACUACAGAAACUACAAAAUCAAACGAACUUGAAGACAGUCCGAUCGUUAGAAUUACACAAGGAUAUACAAGCAGGAGCAAAAAGUUUAGAUCAAAAUCGGAAAUCAAUUUAGAACAGGAUAAUAAUGAAAAAAUUACAAACAUCAGAGUUUUCAAGCAAUCACCGAAUAUAAAUAAAGAGUUAUACGGAAGAACGAGGACUACUAGCAAAAGGAAUUACGUUGAUAUCGAAGAUAUAAAUCAAAGGACUAGCGAAUCACCGAAAAAUAAUGAAAAAAUUUCUAUUUCUUUCAACGUUACUGCAGCAGCAACAACAACAACAACGACAAUAGCAACAACGACAAUAGCAACAACGGCAACUACAAAAGAAAUUGAAGAAAGUACUACAGAAAGUUCAUUGAGCACUGUACAAAUCACAGACAACGAUACAACCAAUAUCAUAGACAAUGAUUUGGACGAGUUAUCGACGCCUACUGUCACAGAGAUCGAUGAAACUAACACGAGUGUUCAAACAGGAUCAGAAGAAUCUGAUACUAUUGCAUCCACUUACAUUACGGAAUCCACUACAGAUAGUAAUACUGUCUCUACAGACAGUAAUGUUUCUUACGAGACUAGUGAGAAUCCAGAAGAAAUUUCUACUACUGAAAAUAUUCUCAUGGAAUCGAUUUCUCCGUUUUACAAAAACACAGAAAUUAUACAAAGCGAAACUAAUAUUGAUACGGUCGAUUCAACGGAAAGAAAACUUACGAAUCAAAGAAGAAAAAAGGUUAUUCUUAGAAGAAGGCCUGUAACAGCUAGCAUUAACACUUCGACGACGAUACAAAUUGAAGAAAACAACAAAUAUCAAGUAAAUCGUAGACGAAAAGUAUUAAAACGCGUACGAUUAAUUGACGGGAAAUCUUCGACAGCCUCCUUCGAGAGUUCUUCUUCUCAAGAAGAAGAACAAAGUACGUUGCGUUCGACAACGUCCUCCGAGAUGACAAUAUCCAAAUCAGACAAUACGAGUGAUCACGUACCAACAGAAUUAAAAUCAGAAAAAUUACAAGAAUCAGAUAAUGUAACUGAAAAUAUUUCAACGUUUGCUACCGAGUUUCCAAACGUAAUUGAUUAUACUCUGAACAAUUCAACUUCAACAGACAGUAAUCUAGAAACGUCAACAAUGACAACAGAAAGUACAAAAGACGAUAGUUCUGUUUCAGAUCUAACAACAAUGCAGACAAUUAUAAUCGAUGGAGCAAUUACAGAAGCUUUGACAUCGUUAAUAACCGAAUCUACACUUUCUGAAAACGAAGAUCUUUAUUCGACUGUAAUUACUACAGAACCAACGAUAACACCACCAACUACUUACACAGAGAAUACAUUCGAUCCAGAAGAAACUCGUUUAUCUACCGAAAAUGUUACUACCAGUAUUCAAACAAUCACGCCUUCACAUCACGCCUUCACUCGACACAUCGAUGAGUCCCAAAUCCACAGCAGAUCUUCCCCCUCUGAAACGAGAUACGUGCGAAAAAAAUUCAUUCGCAAACGUCCAGUAUUAUUAUCUGAAACAACGAACAGUAGAUAUGCUUUAAUCUCGAGGCCACAGAAUCGUGUGUCUUCUACGACAGAAAAGAAUGACGUUGACGUGAAUCAACUUACGAAACGUAGAAAGAGUCUGUUCAUUCGUCGUCGACCAGUUUCAUCGACAACAAAAACAACGGAAGAAUUGGAUCUCGACAUCGAGGAUCCAAAUGAAACGGAAGACGAAGGCGAACAAGAGGAUUUUAUAAAUUCUGAUGAUGUUCAAGAUACUACUGCAACAGCUAUCAUAACUAGUGCGUCUGUCGAGAAUGAAUCUUUAGAAUUUUGGAAUCAUUAUACGACACCUGCUGAAAAAACGGUGAAUCAAAGAUCUUCACCUCCGCCAAAUCGAUAUAAAAACACAUAUUUAACAACCGAACCUUCUUUUACGACUUAUCCAACUUUUAUAAGAGAACAUGAAGAAUCAGAGAAAGAUGAUAGUCGAAUUGCUGGUAAUAUAAAUAAGCCUCGAUAUGUAACUAUUAAUCGUAGACUGGAGUCACGACGUUCAUACAAAGUUCCAAGUUCAAUUAAAAACUUAGACAAUGUUCAAGAGGAAAAGAUACAGGAUAAUGAAAGAGCGUUAUCAACAAAACGAUGGUACCCAAUCGACGAUUCUUCGCCAGAAGAAACAGAAGAAAAUCCGAAUACUAAGGAAGCCGCCAAAUUAAGAUUUAGUGGUUAUCGUCAAGCAAGAGCACGCUAUCGAAAUUAUGAGGAGAAACUUCAAAAAGAAAGAGAGAACAAAGAAAGGGAUACUACAUCUUCAUACUUUGAAUUUUCACCAUCGACUCUAAGAUCACGUUAUCAAACCAAACGUCCAAUCACGCCAAUAGAAAUUCCUGUCACGGAAACCCUUAUACCUGCAAAAAAAUUCGAUUAUGCAGCCGAUGCUUUUCACAGGAAACAACAAUCUUUACGAACGACAACUCCGCAACAACUAGAAGUUGAUACCACUGGAUAUCAAAACGAAGAGAAUUCUGAGUUACAGAAUCUCGUUGAUUCUGAUCGAACGACAACGCCGUCUAAUAAACCAUUGGUCACCAGAUUGGUCACUUCGAUCGCAGAAUCUGGCACUACUGAAAGACAAAAAAUUCUAAUCAAAACAAAAUACUCGUCGUUGACAUCGACGACGAGAAUACCUGUACAAAAUGUGAUCACACGAAACGAUUACCCUUCGACGACACCCUCGUUAAAAAAAUUCAUUGAUUCUACGAACAACAAUCAAGCAGCGACGACUCUCGAUGAAUCCAUCAACGAGAUUCGUCCUGCGAUUGAAGCAUCGACUCUUCCAAUAGAGAGUGAAUUCGUUUAUCGUAACAACGGACGAUUCACCACUGAAUCUCACGAAUCAUCUACCAUUCCGAUUGAAUCGGUUUUCAGCAAUCUAAUCGCUGGAACUAAGGAACAUUAACCAAUUCAUUGUUAUUAAUAAUUAACCUCGAAGAAAUUAACGAAGAAACGAUUCAAUAAUAAUUAGAUUAAAAAAAAAAAAAAAAAAAACGAAAAAAA